UCCCUGCCGGCUGCGGGCGGAGGAAGCUUGGGGACCCCUCCCGCGCUGGGACUUCUGCUCCCCGCAUUCCAGUCCCCCCGUUCGCGCUCCGCCGGCGAGGGCCUGUGGCUGCAGGAGCGGUUAACUCUUCCCCGGCACAGGAACUAGCUGCUCGGCCCCAGGGAGCACCAGCCGACCGAGAGGAUGUGGAAGGUGCCGGUGCUGCUGCUGGUACUGGGAAGAGCGUCCUUCUGGUUUCCCGCAGAAGGAGCCGUCACAGUCCCGCCAGAAGAUGGCAUUACGACCCCAAGUGUAGAAUAUGGCAGAGUUACCCCAGGUGAGGAGGAUGGCACAGUGACCCAAGGUGCCAGCAAAGAGCCCUUCGAGGUGCCCAUAAAUACAAUGAGCACAGACCUUCGUACAGAGGAUUGGCCAACUACAGUCCAUGACCACGAAAAAACCCAGAGCACGACAACCUCGAAUGUGGCCACCAGUCACUCCACGGAAGGCACAAAGACAACAGUGGAGAAAGAUGGCUUCGCAACAGGGACCCUGAUUGGAAUCAUAGUUGGGGUCUUACUGGCCAUUGGAAUCAUUGGUGGGAUCAUCAUUGUGGUCGUGCGAAAAAUGUCAGGAAGGUACUCGCCCUAAAGAGCUGAAGAACUGUGCCCUUCUGCCAACACAUCUGAAGAAGAGUUUCCGACCUCCCCUGUCCCCGAGCAUGUGGGAGAAGAUGACCCAUGGAAAUGCUUGGCCACCCCACUCAGAAUCCAUGGUGAUCCCUCCGCUCACCAAACGUAACCCGAAGGAAUGCUCAUUGACAAGACUUGCUCCUCGCAGCAUUUGUCUUUUGAACAACAUUUGGGAAAGAUACAUUUUGGACAAGAUGAUUUUUAAAAACCAAAUGCAUAGGAAACAGCAAAAACUGUGUAAACUGAUUUGUAACUAAGCGAGACGAUGUAAUUCCAUCCAUGUCAGAAACUGUCAUCAUGUCUUUGUUCUGAUCAUUCUCUGUUACCGUUAAAAUGCAAAGGAAUCUGGAGAUAUGUAUAGCAGUGGAGUCCUUGGGUCUGGCGCUGUGUCAGUACAUGGCAUGAGUAUUUUGCAAUUUCUGAUCUGUUGAAAGGCACACAUUCCAGUCUCGUUUGGUCUGUUUUUAAAACCUGAUUUGGCGUGAAUCAUCAAGUAGAAUAACGUAAACGGGGGUCAUACGUGAAUCUCACAAUGAGGCCACGGGGCAGCCAUAGGCUUGCUUCGCCCUUGUUUACAGUCAUGACUUGAUGACUCACAGGUGCGCUCCUGCUUGACCUGGCUUCCCUCAGAUGUUGGGGAGCCAGAGCUAAGGAGGUGGCCUUUGCUCAUCCCCAUGACGCAGGACUUUCAGGCUGGCUGCUUUGAUCUAGACUACGGAGCUCGCAGCCCUGAGGACGGCCGAGGAGGUGCUGGAAGCCCGGCGGGGCCCGAGGCUCACGUGUUCGUUCCGGAAACCAAGAACCAGGGUGGUCCCCAAACAGAAAGAAACCCUCUGUGUGCUUCAGGUGUGGGCGGUAGAACCCACCGGCCUUCUAACAUUCCCUUUCUGCCUCAGAGGAAAGAGAUGGGAAGCCAAAAUAAUCUUGUAAAAGGUUAGUUUUGAAAAAGCAGCUGGAUUUAAAAAAAAAAACAAACACACACAAAACCAGAAGAUACUCCCAGUCUUCACGAGGCCCCCACGCCUUUCUGCGGGGCUGUAAUUGAAAAAUCAGAAUCAAGGAGCCCAAGCUGCCGUUCUGUGUUGGCGCCAUCCAGCUCGGUGCAUUUCUUCCCAGAGGUCAGCUGAAUGCUUUUUCCUAAACAAAAAAGUCUUUGUACGGAGUGGAUGGUCUCUCGUGACUGUGGCUAUGAGUGCUGAGCUGUAAACUGUGUGCGAGUCAUAACGGGGAAAAGUAAAUGAUCAGAAAACACAGCCCGGUCCUCCCUCUUUUUUUGCAGUAAUGUGUGGAUGUUAUUUUAAACAGUGUGCCCUUCGGCUGCCUAAGUCCAGCUGGUCCGCCAGCCCAGGCUCCCUAUUUGAGCAUCACCUGACCAAGAAGGGUGUAGAAGAGCUUUAUGAUCCUAAUACCCUUCUGUUCCGUCGCUCCGAUUCCUGAACGGGAGUUGGGAAUAAUGACCAUCUCAUUUUUUUUUUUUUCCUUUUCUUGCUUUUUUCUCUCACUGUGAAAAAUCACGGUCCACCCCAAGUCGUACACUGGACCCGUCGCCUGCUGGGACAGGGCUGUGGGUUUCUAAGUCACACCUGUGUUGA